AUGGCUUCGGCCGGUACGUCACAAGGAGAUAGCCAGAUUUCGUUUGCAAAAAUUGCUGCCAUGCCCUCGUCUUCAAAACCUGAACUGUCUUCAAUCCCCGAUACAAGUGGCAACAGUGACAAUGCUCCCGUACCUGCCGUACCUAAACCGUUUGAUAGUAGUGUUCCUGCGUCUGGCUCGCAGCCCGUCCAAAAUACGGCCACCAGAGAGGGUUCCACUGACGAUUCUCUGGUGGAAGGCCUACAAGCAAGAGUGCAAGAGCUUGAGCUUACCCCGCAAAAGGACCAUGAAGGCUCGGGAUCUUCCCUGGACGGCCAGGACGGCAACAUGCUCAAACGAGAUCACUUCUUCGACGAUGAUCACACCCAUCUUUCCAACUCUUCCACGAAAAUGACUAAUUUUGACUCUAAGAGCUUAGCCUCUGUGACAACUUUCGCAAUGGAUGAAAACAAUUCCGUUCGACCGGAUGACAGUGCUAGUGUCCAAGCUAUUGAUGAAGAAGAGUCUUUGUCUGGCCCGGCAUCUGGCGCACCUAACUCGGUGACAGGCUCCGAGGCCGGUGGCCGAGGAUUCCGAGACCCUCGUGAUGGUAAUGCCCAGCGAUCCCGUGGCGUGCUCCCAGUUUCUGGGCCAUUUUUUAGCAGUUCCAACCAACGCGGAACUGUCAAUAUUCCCCCUGAUUCGGUUUCUAACAAUUUUGUGAUCCCAGCCAUCCCGGAUGGGUUGCCAGAUGGCACAACCCCGCAUGGAUUUCCUCUUGACCCCGACGAGAAGCUCGUAGAAGCGAUGAAAUCCCCCAAAGACAGGCUUCUGAUUCUCCAGCUGGAGGAAAAGAUCCGCUAUUUCAUCAGCGAUUCCAGUGAACAAUCCUUGGAAUUACCUCCAUCAAAUGCGUUUGGGCGCCUUCUCGCACAUAAGUUGGGAGACUACUACCAUUUGACGCACUUUGUGGACAACAAUGUAACGUCGGUGAGGCUUCACCGUACGCCUUUCUGUCGACUACCUACCGCUUUGUCCGCGGUACAUGCCGUGGUCAAUACAACUCCGCCGCCGGUUACCCUCCCGAAGAAGAUUAUGCGCAGAACGGAUGGAGACCGGCCUUCCAUGGAUGGAAGUGUAGGGGCCAGUUCAUCUGCUGCUUCUAAGGCCCCCUCGGAAAAUGGCGAAGCCGGUACAGAUGGAGAUCAACCAGGGUCCUCCAUAGGAACACCUGCUAAAGAUAGAUCUCUUUUGAGCAGAGAAGCUCGAGAGGCUAAGUAUAACGAAGUUCGCGAACGAAUUUUCCGCGAUUUCCCCGACAAUCCAAAGCCAGACUCAGCUAGUGGCGAGUCAGUUCAUAAUAUGUCACGUUCCAGCUCUACUAGCGGGCGCAAGAAGAACAACAACAGCAGCAACCGCCAAAGGGUCCAGGACGAUGGUUUUGAAGGGCGAUCUCAAUUCAACGCUUACUAUCUUCCAGGAGCGAGUGGUUACAAUGGUCCCAUGCCAUACAAUGGAAACGUAGGCGAUGGGACAUACGCUGGCCAAGUUCCAUAUCUGGUUGGUCCUGGUGUCUCGCCGCCUACAAACAGCUUUAUCCCCCAGGUACAAACCGGCGGCAUGUAUCAGGGGAACAUGGGUGUUAGCAAUGUGCAGCCCUACCCAUUGAAUAUGUCUACCCAGAUGACCUCCAAUCCGUCUUGGCAGACUGGUUCCAUGCCGCAGCAAUCCCCAUACUCCGGCUAUGCUUCGAUGAAUCAGCCUGGUAUGAGCCAGCAGUCCUCUACCAAAUCAUCGCCAGCCAUGACCAACUAUGCUAUCCCACAGCAAGGGCCGUAUCAGCAGGCUGCUAGCUGGAAUCAGCAGUCUUACGCCAGCAAUUACCCACAGCCUAUGCCUCAGCGUAAUCAGCCGCCCGUGCAUUGGCCCAGUUAUCCGCCUCAGUCCAUGACACCGAACAUGACGGGUUACUCAUACGCACAAUACCCUGGCCAACAUAUGAACCCAGGUUACCAAGCUCAUUCUCAUCAGAUGAUGUCAGGGGGACCGAGGUCCCAUUUCAAUCCCCAAACACGUUCCUUUGUCCCGGGUGCGCCUCCGCCUCCUCGCCAUCCGAAUAAGGGUCCCCAGCUUCCCAUGUCAACAUACGGAGGCAUGCCGCCCCACCAGGCUCAAUGGUCUGCCGGAUAUCCAGACCAAAGUCACAACAGGAGCAUGGAUCCUCUGUCGGCCGGUAGUCAAGGCCGUCCCCCGACCAACACCAACACAAACACAAACUCCCUUGCAAAAUGGGGCACACCAUCCCACCUUCCUCCUAAACCUCCUCCAUCUGAAGUUCCAUCCGACUACGACCUCAAACACCGAGCCGGCACUCUUCCAAUGCCAACAACUGCGCAAUUCAGUGGGAGUCCCAUCGCCACUUCCAACAAUGGCCCGCUUGUGGUAUCAGGGGAGUGA